UGGCAUCACCGACUCAAUGGACACGAGUUUGAGUAAACUCCGGGAGUUGGUGAUUGACAGAGAGGCCUGGCGUCCGUGGGGUCGUAGAGCCGGCACGACUGAACUGAACUGAAAUUUGGGAACUCUAUCGGGUCCUCUCUGAGGACGUUGCAUUCUGAAGGGUGCAGCAGUUCACUGGACAAAGAGGGCUUGAAGAGUGUCUUAGGUAACAAAGAUGGUGUUACACAUCCAGCAUGUACUAAGGCAUGAUACACUUAUUCUCACUCUCCCUGUGGUGGUUGGAGUUAUUGCUACCGAGAAUCUCCCGCGACCAGGCUCACCACUCGCUCCCCCCAACCCCACCCACACCACCUACCCGCAAGACCAUCUCAGAUUCCAAACCGACGGGGAAACUAAGGCUUUAAGGCAGAGAAUUCAGGCCCAGGGCGGGCGGUGUCGAGACCGGGCACCGACUCGGGCGGGGAAAGGGAGGAGAAUGAACAUUCGGCGCGGGCGGGGACGAACACCAGAAAGCGAGGUGGGCGGGCGAGAACGAAACUCGGAAAACAUCACGGGCGGAGUCGAGAACCAGAGAACGACGCGCGCGGGGCCGGGAAGGAGAAUCGAGGUUCCGCGCGGGCGGGGACGAGAAGCAGCGCUCGGGCACGCGGGGACGGCGGCCGGCGCGGGCGGGCGCGGCCUUUGUCUCCUCCUCGGGCGCGCUCGGUGGCAGCACCGGCCCCAUGAGACCGCGGCCCCAAGGCGCCUGGGCCGCCCGCAGCCCCUGACCUGACCUGCCCUCGCAAUGGCGGAAGCCACCUCCGGCGCUGGGGGCACGUCCCUGGAGGGCGAGCGUGGCAAGAGGCCCCCGCCGGAGGGCGAGCCUGCAGCCCCGGCGUCCGGAGUUCUGGAUAAGCUUUUUGGGAAGCGGCUCCUGCAGGUAGGUCGGUAUCUGGUGUCCCACAAAGCAUGGAUGAAGACGGUGCCCACGGAAAACUGUGACGUGUUGAUGACCUUCCCAGAUACGACCGAUGACCACACGCUGCUAUGGCUGCUGAACCACAUCCGCGUGGGCAUCCCCGAGCUCAUCGUGCAAGUCCGCCACCACCGCCACACACGCGCCUACGCCUUCUUCGUCACCGCCACAUAUGAGAGCCUACUCAGAGGGGCCGACGAGCUGGGUCUGCGCAAAGCAGUGAAGGCCGAGUUUGGCGGGGGCACCCGCGGCUUCUCCUGUGAGGAGGACUUCAUCUACGAGAAUGUGGAGAGUGAGCUGCGCUUCUUCACCUCCCAGGAGCGCCAGAGCAUCAUCCGCUUCUGGCUGCAGAACCUUCGUGCCAAGCAGGGCGAGGCACUACACAAUGUGCGCUUUCUGGAGGACCAGCCAAUCAUCCCUGAACUGGCGGCCCGCGGGAUCAUCCAGCAGGUGUUCCCAGUCCACGAGCAGCGCAUCCUGAACCGUCUCAUGAAGUCAUGGGUGCAGGCUGUGUGUGAAAACCAGCCUCUAGAUGAGAUCUGUGACUACUUUGGUGUGAAGAUUGCCAUGUACUUUGCCUGGCUGGGUUUCUACACAUCGGCAAUGGUGUACCCAGCGGUCUUCGGCUCAGUCCUGUACACAUUCACAGAGGCUGAUCAGACAAGCCGGGAUGUAUCCUGUGUGGUCUUUGCCCUCUUCAACGUGGUCUGGUCAACGCUGUUCUUGGAGGAGUGGAAACGGAGAGGGGCUGAGCUGGCCUACAAGUGGGGAACACUGGACUCACCCGGGGAAGCUGUGGAGGAGCCACGACCCCAGUUCAGGGGCGUGCGGCGCAUCAGCCCCGUGACUCAGGCCGAGGAGUUCUACUACCCGCCCUGGAAGCGGCUGCUCUUCCAGAUGCUUGUGAGUCUUCCCUUGUGCCUCACCUGCCUAGCCUGUGUGUUCCUGCUCAUGCUCGGCUGCUUCCAGCUCCAGGAGCUGGUGCUGAGUGUGAAGGGGCUGCCCCGUCUUGCCCGCUUCCUGCCAAAAGUCAUGCUGGCCCUGCUGGUCAGCGCAAGCGCUGAGGGCUAUAAGAAGCUGGCUGUCUGGCUCAACGACAUGGAGAACUAUCGGCUGGAGAGUGCCUAUGAGAAGCACCUCAUCAUCAAGGUCGUCCUGUUCCAGUUCGUCAACUCAUACCUGAGCCUCUUCUACAUCGGCUUCUACCUCAAGGACAUGGAACGCCUGAAAGAGAUGCUGGCCACACUGCUGAUCACCCGCCAGUUCCUCCAGAAUGUUCGAGAGGUUCUGCAGCCCCACCUGUAUCGGCGGCUGGGCCGAGGAGAGCUUGGCCUGCGGGCGGCCUGGGAGCUGGCCCGUGCCCUGCUUGGCCUCCUGAGCCUCCGGCGCCCCGCACGCCGCCACCUCGAACCCCCGGCUGAAGAGGGUGGCGGUGGCAGCAGCAGUGGCGGGGGCCGCAGGUGUCUCAGCGGGGGCUGCGGGGCACCUGAGGAGGAAGAGGAGGCCGCGGUGGAGCGGCGGCCGGCGGGGGAAGGGGGAGAGGUGGGGGACGGGCCCCGGGGGGGCAGAGAGGAGGAGGAUGAAGAGGAGGAGGAGGAGGACGAAGAGGAGGAGGAUGAGGACGAGGAAGGCGAGGAGGGCGGCCUCCUGGACUGCGGGCUCCGACUGAAGAAGGUCAGCUUUGCUGAGCGGGGGGCUGGGCGGCGUCGGCCGGGCCCAAGCCAGGAGGCCCUCCUGGAGGAGGGGAGCCCCACCAUGGUGGAGAAGGGGCUGGAACCUGGCGUGUUCACACUGGCCGAGGAGGACGAUGAGGCUGAGGGGGCUCCCAGCAGCCCCGAACGGGAGCCUCCCCCGGCUGUCCUGCUCCGCCGGGCUGGAGGCGAGGGCCGAGACCAGGGGCCGGACGGGGGCCCGGAUCCAGAGCCGGGCUUGGGCGACUCAGCCCGGAAGCAGCGGCGGCAGAACCGGUCGUCUUGGAUCGACCCACCCGAGGAGGAACACUCGUCUCAGCUCACCCAGGCGGAGCUCGAGAGCUGCAUGAAGAAAUACGAGAGACACGAGCGCCAGGCCCAGCACCGCUACCAGCAGCAGCAGCGGCGUAGGCGGGAGGAGGAGGAGCGGCAGCGCCACGCGGAGCAUCAUGCCCGGAGGGAGCGAGACGCCAGUGGCCGAGAGGAGGCGCGGGCUGAGGGCUCUGGGUUGGACCCUGCUGCCCCGGAGAAAACCUCGGCCAAGGCCAAGGGCAGUGGGGCAGGUGGCCACGGGCCGGAGCGACCCAAGCGCCCGGGGUCCCUGCUGGCACCUAAUAACGUCAUGAAGCUGAAGCAGAUCAUCCCGCUGCAGGGCAAGUUCCUGUCGUCCGGGGCCUCGUCCUCCUCGCCGGCCGGCACGGGGCCCAACCUCACCACCCGGCCAACCCCUGCCCAGUCGCCCACUGGCAGCGACACCCGCCUGCCAGCCUUCCUUAGCUUCAAAUUCCUCAAGUCACCUGAGACCCGGCGGGACCCAGAACGUAGCCACUCUCCACCCAAGGCCUUCCAUGCCGGCAAACUUUUCCCCUUUGGUGGGGCCCGGGCGGAGGCCGGGUCCAACGGGGCGGGCGGGCAGGCCCGGCAGGAUGGGACCCUCGGCGGUGGCGGUGGCGGUUGCCGAGCCCAGCGGAGUGGGCUGGCGGACGAGGCUGCAGCUGAGGAGCCGGACACACCCCGGCCUGAAGAGGAAAGCUCAGGGACAGCGCUGGCCCCCGUGGGCGCCCCGGCCCUCCGCACCCGCCGCAGCCGGAGCCCUGCGCCGCCGCCACCGCCGCCAACACCGCUGCCUCGGCCCCCGACGCCCCCCGCGGGCUGCUGGCAGUGGGAUGGGCCGUGGGGCUGCGGGGGCGAGGGCCCCGGCCCCCGCCAGGCCCCUGCUGCCACCGACUGCCCGCCCUGCGCUCUCGCCGGGCCCCCGCCUGCCCCCCAGCCCCUGCCGGGGGACGCCAGCUUCUACAGCCUCCCGCUGCCGCCGCCGCUGCCUCCCACCUCCGUGCCCCCCCAGCCCCCCGCGCCCUCGCCCAGCCCCAGCUCCAGUCCCAGUCCUCAGGCCGUGUGCUGGCCCAGCGGCUGGCAUUAGCUCCGCCCGCCUGCCUUCCUGUUUUCAUAUGCAAUAUCAAUCACAGACGGGGCGGCGGCCACCACCCAGAAAACACUUGGGCCGGGCCCGAUGUACCCCAGUAUUGGCUGCCCCCUCCUGGGGCAGGGCCGGGGGCCUGGGGCCCCUCUAUCUGCCGUUUUCCUUUCGACCAGGAUGAGGGGGAAACAAAAGGAAACCCCCCAAAAACAACAGAAAACACACACAGAAUAGGCGAUUAUUUAUUUGUUUUUAAUUUAUUUUGUCAUAUUUUUGUAAAACGGCAGAAAUGCAAUAAUAAAAAGUAUAUUUCAACAGUG